AUGGACCCCUGCUCCUCGCUCUUCAGCUACGUGUUAAUGCACUUGUUCGUCCUCUGCCUGCAAGCCCAGGUAACUGUUCAGUCCCCACCUAAUUUUACACAGCAUGUGAGGGAGCAGAGCCUGGUGACAGAUCAGCUCAGCCGGCGGCUCGUCCGUACCUACCAGCUGUACAGCCGGACCAGCGGGAAACAUGUGCAGAUCUUGGACAACAAGAAAAUCAAUGCGAUGGCAGAGGAUGGGGAUGUGCACGCCAAGCUCAUCGUGGAGACGGACACCUUCGGGAGCCGCGUGCGCAUCAAGGGGGCCGCCACGGGCUUCUACAUCUGCAUGAACAAGAAGGGGAAGCUGAUCGGCAAGAGCAACGGCAAAGGCAAGGACUGCGUCUUCACGGAGAUCGUCCUGGAGAACAACUACACGGCGCUGCAGAACGCCAAGUACGAGGGCUGGUACAUGGCCUUCACCCGCAAGGGCCGCCCCCGCAAGGGCUCCAAGACCCGGCAGCACCAGCGCGAGGUGCACUUCAUGAAGCGCCUUCCCAAGGGCCACCAGACCACCGAGCCCCACAGACGCUUCGAGUUCCUCAACUACCCUUUCAACCGCCGGAGCAAAAGGACUAGAAACUCCAGCUCCAGGGCAGGCCCUUGA